AUGUCUUCCCAUCAAUUCUCAAGUCCAGUGCCUUUCGAUGGCCUUGUUCUGCUAGAGAGCUUUUUUGGCGAAUCUGAUCAUGCCAGGACUGUGAUCAAGAGAACAUUUGCCAUCCUGGUCGUUGAGCCGAUAAUGCGAAAACGGGCUACUAUUUACAUACCAUCUCCCGUCUCCGCCUUUCUCUGGUACGAUUAUCUGACCACCAGCGCCUCUUAUCAAGCUAUUGACGAACUUUUUGGGUCAUCUUAUCACAGAGUAACAGAUGGGAAGAGCGUUAAAGUGGAGUGCCUCAGCGAGCCCAAAAUCCCCUUUUUUGCAACACACGAAAUAUUCCUGAUCCCCUCCAAAGCUGUAUACUGCCCUUUCAAUAAUAUCUCCCUUGCCAAUCACACUGUUGUGUGCGGACCUUUGAAAGGACGCUGGCAGGUCGAGGAGCUUAACACGCUCAGACGCCAUGGAUGGACUAUCCACCACUACGCCGCUGGUGAAAUGCUUGAUGAUUUUUCAAACCUACAAAUACAGUCGGAGCUGUCUCUGGAAAAUGGCCGUCUCUUUCUAGAUGAGCACACCGCUGUGAUUGAGUACGACAAAAUGGAGGAUGACGGACUGAUCUCUGCGAGCACGGAACUGAGGGCACGUGACGAUGCAGGUAUUGAAGUGGGUUUCUUUGGCCUUGGCUUUUGA